AUGAGUGUAGGAAGUCUUCCAGACGACUUCCAGGAAGAUGCUAUAGCAGCGUUGGCUUUUAGGACCAACAAAACCGAAUAUGGUCCUUUCGGAAACAAGACCGGGAACCAGUUCUCCAUCCAGGCACCCAAAGAUAACCAGAUCGCUGGUUUUCAAGGCACUAGCAGCAAUGUUCUCAACUCCAUUGACGUCCACUUUGCUCCCAUACCGUCGGCUUCUGCUGGUGGCCAACCAGCUGGAUCAGCUGCCAGUGCCAAAAAAUUAGAGGCGAAAGGUGGUAACGCGGGAAACCCAUGGGACGAUGGUGCUCAUGAUGGUGUUAAAAAAGUGUGCGUUGGUCAAGGCGAAUCUGGUGUAACGUACGUCAAGUUUGUCUACGAGAAGGACUCUAAGGAGGUCCCUGGAAAUGAUCAUGGAAAAAAGACACUACUUGCACCUGAAGAGUUCGUGCUUGAUCCAAACGAAUACAUCACUGCGGUGGAGAUUAACUACGACAACAUAUUUGGAACAGAAUCCGAGAUCAUAACGAUGCUUAAGUUCAUGACAAACAAGCGAACCUCUCCACCUUUUGGACUUGAAGGUGCUAAAAGUGUCCUACUUAAAGAAGACGGUCACAAGAUAGUUGGUUUCCAUGGCAAAGCAGGUGCUGACAUACUUCACCAAGUUGGAGUCCAUGUCAAGCCUAUCUCCAAGUGAUUUGAGAAUGUCUUCUACUACGUCCCAGUGUAACAAAGAUAGUCAGAUGUCAAUAAAGAAGGCUCCACUUUAUAAAUUGUCAUUGUACGUGUGUAAACGGUAAGCGAAAGGGUUGAAUAAGGUAUUUCCACGUACUGUGUGCUUGUGUGUCAGUGUCUCCUUGUGUUGUA